AGAAUCAGUGAGGCAAUUAGAUAAAAUGUCAAGCAGAGAAGGUCAUGAUGCAAUGGAAUUACAGCGAGACCUUGUAUUUAGAUUACUUGGUACUGUUACCAAUGCAGUUUCUCCUGCAAAAGUUUUGACUACCAAUAGAAAUCACGAAUCUAACUAUGAAUGUUUCAAUGACAAUGAAACGAGCUCACAGGAAAUUGCUGGCUAUGUAGCUGGGAAUCAAGAAAUUAAAGCUGAAAAUGAUCAUCCUGCUAAAUCUCUCAAAAUGAUCAAUGGGAAAAAAAGAAAAUUCCAACAUGAUGAAAAUGAUGAAAUUGCUGAGGAUUCUCAAGGCAUUUCAAACAAUUACUUCUAUGAAACUAAAGAAAAUUCUUUGGAAGAUGAUUAUCCACAAAUUAGCAGAGAGAAAUCUGUAGUGAGUUCAGACCUUGCUGAAGAUGUCAGAUCAUACACAAGCCAAGACAAAAUAAUCCAGAGCUUACAUGAUGAUUCUUCAAAUAAUCCUGAACUUACAAGUGAUAAACCUUCAAACUUGAGGAUGACUGAUACUCCACAGCUUCCUGAGCAUUUGGCAGACAUGCUUGAGAGAGCUAAAGUCUUCACAUUAAAGCGUCUGCAAAACAUCAAUGCUGACGGCAGCUCAAUAUUAAAAAUGGACAUGGGUCCUACUGCCAAUUCUAAGUCAUAUUUUAAUGACCCAAAUUCUCCUGUAAGUCAGAGACUUAUUGAUGGCUCAAAAAUUCAAAAAAGUUCUGUUAAUUCUCCAAUGGCCACAAUGAAUUACAAGUUAAACUUCAAGAACCCAGUGUUACUGCAAGAUUAUUCGCAUCUCUUUUCUCAUCAAGACAAGUAUACCAAAGGCUGCAAAUGGUCACCAGACGGCACACAGCUGCUAGUGCUGAGCUCAGAUCAGAAGUUUACCCUUACCCAUCCUAAGGCUGAAUGUCUCAUUUCCUCAGAGCAUGAAGGAUCAGCUGAACUUACAGUUAAUGUCAUGGAAGGAGAGCUGGUGUAUGACUAUGAGUGGUACCCCUUCACAUCGCAUGCUCAGCCCUCUACCCGCUGUUUUGUGUCCUGCUGUCGAGGCCUUCCUGUACACCUCUGGGACUCCAGCAGUGGUGCCCUGGUUUGCUCAUACCUGCCAUACAAUCACUUGGACGAGAUAGCGCCUGCUUAUAGCCUUGGCUUCAGCGGCGACGGCUUGCGUCUUGUGUGCGGCUUCAAUAAAAUCAUACGAGUUUUUGACACCGCCAGACCCGGUCGAAACUGCUCAACCAUAUGUGCUAAAAAGCAGAACGGCAUCAUCUCCUGCUUCAGCCAUCAUCCGUACCUGCACCAGGUCAUGGCUGCCGGGAGCUACCUCGGCUCAGUAGGCUUGUACAGCCACAAGACGGGUCGCGCGUUCUGCGUGCUACAGGGCCACACAGGAGGCGUCACGCAGGUCUCCUUCUCCUGCGACGGCUACAGGCUCUACACCGGCGCUAGGAUGUGUUUNGUGCUGCUGUCAGGAUCGACGGACGGCGACGUCGUGUCGUGGCAGCUGAGCGAUUUCGCAUCAUACGAGACGCGGCUGCCCGACGACAGCUUUACGGCUCACGACGACUGCGUCAACGGCAUCAGCUUGCACCCGACGCUACCCAUCCUGGCCACAAGCAGCGGGCAGCGACAUCCUCCUCCCCACCCGGAUCAUCCUGCGCCAGCACCCCCACCGGCUCCCUCACUCAGGCUCUGGCAGAUGGCCUGAUCAAUACUGCUACCGACCCAAAAUUUAGUGAAAUAAAAUAUAUU